GUGCCCCAGCCAACCGACUUCUUCAACUUCCCCGCAGAGUGCCGGGAGGAACGGUACCCGUGUACCCGCCUGUAUUCGGUCCACCAUCCACUGAAGCAGUGCGUCCACAGUCUGUGUUUCUACAAUCUGCGGAGGAUGUACGUGGUCAACAAGGAGAUCUGCAUGCGGACGGUCUGCCAGGAGGAAGAGAAGAUUAAAGCGGACCUCUGUCGGACUCAGUUUGGAUGGCCUCGGCGCUAUCGCAGGAACAAUGGGGUCCGACAGCGAAUUCGUUGCAAGGAUCUUGUUCCUUGAGCGCUGACGACGCCUGGGGGGGGUGGACAGGCUGCGAUGUGGGGGAGGGAGGUGGAGGCUGGGGUAGUGGGUGUGGCGCGGCUGGGUGGGUGUGUGGGAUGGGGGGAGUGGGAGGGCUGGGGAGUGGUGCGGGGGGUGGAUGUGACAGUGUUGGUCCGGGAGCUGCAGUAACGGGGCCGAUUUGUUGUUGGAGGGGGGGAAUCUCUGUACCUCCCGACUCUUUCCUCCACUCCCCAACCCCCACUGACAUCACCGAUUCCCCCCCCACCCCCCGUCUCCCCAUCUCCCACUCCCGGCGCCACUCCCCCUUCCCCUCCCCCCCAUCCACCUCUCCCUGCUCCGGGGACGAGGCCAAGACAUGGUGCUACCCCUUCCCC